AGUCUGCGCUGCACGGGGCGCGCAGCGGCGGUGCACGAGCAGGGAGAGGCGCGGUGCACGAACUGUGAGAGGCGCAGUGCACCGGCUAAACUUCGUCGUGGUGCAGGAGCUGAGCCGCAGGAGCUGAGGUGCUGGUGCUGGGCUGUGGGAGCUGAGCUCUAGGAGCUGAGCUGUGAGCGCUCCGUAGCAGAAACUCAGCACUCGCGUGGAGCUCAGUUCGGAACCGGCCAAGUGUAUGACGGAUAAUUAACUCUUGGCAGCGGUCAAAAUAAGCCAGAACGAGUGACAAGUGUGCACUGUGCGGAGAAUCGAUCCAGGGUGACAAAGGAAGCUAAGUUUGGCCAAAGAUUAAGUCGGAUUUCAGCCUCCGUUUUGCGGUCAUCCGAUUCGGCCUCCGUCAGUCAACUCCUCGGAUUUCCCCGGCGAAAACCACCAAAUCCAACAUGGCGGCCACGACGGCUGCGGCUGCGUUCGGCACCGUCAAUUUUGUAGUGAUGGCGCUGUUUGUGGCCGCCACGCUGGCUAUCGGUGUGUUCUACGGUCUGCGUGGACAGGACGCCCAGGGACUGCUCAUCUCACGCGACAUGAACGUGGCCCCGGUGUCGCUCUCGAUGAUGGCGACAUUCAUGUCUGCCAUUCUGAUCAUCGGUACGCCGUCGGAGAUUUUUUACUUCGGCAUGCAGUGGUUCGUGGUGGUUCUGACGUUUCCCGUGGCCAGCAUCAUCAUCAGCGUGUUCAUCCUGCCCGUCUUCUACCGAAUGGAGCUCACCAGCGUCUAUGAGUACCUGGGGAAGCGGUACAACACGCGCGUCAUGACGAUGGUCGGAACAGUGGCGUUCAUGAUGCAGAACCUGCUGUACACGGGUAUCGCGCUGUUCGCGCCCACCAUCGUCCUCAGCAAUGUCACCGGCAUGCCCAUCUGGGCGGCCAUUGUGCUGGUGGCACUGCUCGGCACAUCCUACACCGCAUUCGGUGGCUACAAGGCCGUGGUGUGGGCGGACGUGCUGCAGGCGUGCGUCAUGGUCUGUGGCGUCACCGCCAUCAUCGUACAGGGCUGCAUCAACGUCGGCGGCUUCUCAGAGAUGCUGGACGUCAACCGGCAGCACGGGAGGCUGACAAUGUUCACCUGGGACAUCGACCCUCUUCAGCGGUACAACUUCUGGAACACAUUCUUCGGCCAGAUCUUCGUGUGGAUUUCCCUGCUGGGGGUGAACCAGCCGGCUGUUCAGAGGCUGCUCAGCCUGCCCACGCUCAAACAGGCAACACUCACCAGCCUGAUCAGCAGUUUUCUGAUCGUCAUCAUGGUCUCCCUCUCCACCGUCUCCGGACUGGCCAUCUUCGCCACGUACUCGUCCUGCGACCCACUGCGGGCCGGCGUGACGAGCCGCCGGGACGAGCUGGUGCCGCACUUUGUGGCCGACCAGCUGGGCCACGUGCCCGGCCUGGGCGGCCUGUUCAUCGCCUGCGUGCUCAGCGGCGCGCUCAGCACCAUCUCGUCGUCACUCAACUCGCUGGCGGCCGUCACCUGGGAGGAUUUCUUCAGGGACAGCGCCUGGACUGCGCGGCUGUCUGAGGCGGGACGGCGAUGGGUGCUCCGAGGCAUAGCGCUGGUGUACGGCAUCAUCUCGAUGCUGAUGGCGUUCGUGGCCAAGAACAUGGGCGGAGUGAUUCAAGUGGCCACGGGCGUAUACGGCGGCUGCACCGGACCAAUCCUGGCCAUGUUCGUCAUGGGGCUGUUCAUGCCCUUCACUAACCCCAAGGGUGUUACCACGGGUUUGGUGCUGGGCCUGGCCCUCUCCCUCUGGAUCUCAUUCGGUGCAUCGUUCAGUGGGGCGGCGCCACCGGUCAUGCUGCCAUCCAGCGCAGACGGAUGCAGCUUCAACGUCACAAUCACCGCCAACGUCACUGAUGACGCCAUGGAGACGCGCGAAAAAGGAACAUUCGAUACGCUCUACAGCAUUUCCUACAUGCUCUACGCAGUGAUCGGCUUUGUGGCAACAAUGGUGACAGGAAUCCUAGUGUCUCUUUUGACAGGUGGAGGACAGGGCAGUGUCGACGAAGAGUACCUGAGUCCCGCCAUGUCAUGGCAUUCACGAAAGAAGAAAUUCCAUCCGUCAAACACAAACGGAGCUUCAAACGAUGCCUACGAAAUGGGCGAAAAACACUAAUUUUUCAUUUGAUAUAUUUCAUGUAAAUAUCAUGCGACUCUGAGGGGCAAAAACGUACUUUACGUUCCCACAGUAUUUUUGUAGCGUGCAUGCCAGGUCACUCGUUACGUAUUUCGUAAAUCUACCUAAAGUGCUUUAGAUGCACGUUUAUUGUACAUACAUUGCUCGGCAGAGGUAGAUUCGAAAGUGUGUGGUACAGGCCAUAAUAGUGCCUUAAAUGUGCAGAUAAGCAAGCAUUACAUUUGCGUUGUACCGUGAUUUAUGAAGUAGUUAUUCCUCGUACGCCAUAGGGUCCCGACUCCCGGCGCAAAGUCCAAAAACAAAGGUUUGGAGGUCAUAUGCCACAGACUACCCCGCUACCAGACACAUAGUUAACUGUUUUAUAGCGUUUUACAUGCAUUUUUCAAAGAAAAUUUGCUCUAAUAUUGUUUUAUUCAUAUUUCAUUUCAUUGUAUGUGAGAUACGAGUGUCGUGAUGAUCUAAGACCUGCAUACAAGGAUUGUGGAAAUAAUGGUAGUUGACUCGAUAGCUGACUGUUUAACUGACCUGUAGCUUUUUAUGUUACUGUUCUGUAAUAAUGAUGCAUGUCUCUGAACGGUAUUCACCUCUCAAAAAUGGACAGAACAUCACAACACAUUACACACGGGAGCAGUUCACGUCUGAUCUACCUACGAUCCUGCAUCUACAAUUACAUGCCAUAUUUUUUUCUAUUCCAUGCCAAUAUUACCUUGAUCCUACCAUUUGAGCGAAAUGAUAUUUUUGAUGAAUGUUGUACGGGUCAUGUAUGCAUGUAUAAAAAUAAAACAUUUUGUCUUACAAAGCUAAA